AUGAAAAUUAUUCGAACAUUUUGCUAAGCCAAAUAAUUGUUGCUAAAUGAUAAAUUAAAACUCACAAAAUACUUAAAAUUAGUCUAUUAGACUCCUGUUUCCUAUGAAGGUGUAAGAAAAGCACUUGGAUAUGAUGUUAUUCUUAAUAACAUGAAAUUUGAAGAGAAUUAAUCAGAAAUCUUUCCAUUAACAUUAAAAUUAAUUAAAAGAGAUAUAUCUUUAUUUGACUUUAAGGAAUUUACAACUUAUUUAUCAACUCUUAAUAAUUACAUUUGUUUUUCUAAAUCACCUUAUCCUUAAAAUGAACAAGAAUUUUAGGAUGCUUUAAGAAUUAUACUUGAUAAUGGCACUUUUAUUUAAAAGUUUUUGACUCUAUAACAUAUAGUAAUAUAUUUUGAUUCAAGAAUUACACUUUAUUGUUAAUUAGCCACAUAAUUAAAAGAUGCUGUUAGAGAUCAUCAACCUAAAAAUACAGAAGAGAAAAUAUUAAAAUUAUUUUGGGAAUAAAUUGAUAUAUAUGAUUAAGAGAAAAUAGAAUCACUUAUAGAAAAAUAAACUGAACCAUAAAAUCCAACAAUGAAAAUAGAAGAAGGAAUAAAAAAAGAAUUUAUAAAUCUAAUAGAUAUUUUAUAAGUUGAAUGUGAAUAAUAUCAUUUAGCUACAUAAAUGGUUAUAUUUGAAAUAAUUUCCAGAUUAUAUUUUGAUUAAGUAAUUUAAGUUAAUAUUAUAUGAUAGGAUGUUGAAAUUAAUGAAAAGAAACUUUAAUAAAUCUAUUAUGUUGAAAAAUAAUGUUAAUGUAAAAUAGAGUAGAAUCUAUCUAAUUUAAAUAAUUUUCAUCUUGUACUUUAUACACAUAUGUUGAAUCUUAAUUAACAUGAAAUAAAUAUUUUGAGUUGGGAUAAAAUUAUUGUAUAAUUUAAUAAAUAUAUUAUAGAAUGAAUUAACUAUUAGAGAUUUUGCAACAAUGACAAUAGAUGAUGCAUUUAAAAUAUGGUUAUUAUUAUAUGAGAUUGGAAGAUAAAAUUCGACUGUCAAUGAUAAAAUUAUUGAGUAAAAAAUAUAUAUAUAUAUUAGAAAAUUAAUGAAUUAAAUCUAAUUAAUUUCAAAUAAAUAUUACGUAUUAUUAUGUGAAUUAUUAAUCGAAACAAAAAAUAGCAAAACUGUGGAGUUUUUAAAAAAAUGGUAUAAAUUUCUUCUGCAACUUGUUAGGUAUCCAAAAAUUGAUUUGGAGAAUGAGACACCAUAGAAUUUAUGCGUAAUAUUAGAUGCAUUUAAUUCUGCCAAGCUUUUAAACAAGUUGGUUUUGGGAAAAUUUUUGAAUGCUUUGGAAGGUAAAAUAGAAUAAUUGGAAGAGAUUUAUAUUGAAAACAUUUUAAUUAGUUUAGUUGACCAUUAAUAUUAACAUGAGAAGACAUUUGAAAGAGCUGUCAAAUUUGAAUUAUUUGAGGUAAUAAAUAUAAAUUUACAUAUAUUAGAAUACUUCAAAGCAUUUCCUAUUAGGGUUAUUGCAUUAUUGUUAGUUGUAUAAUUAGAGUCAUCCAAGAGUAAAAGAAAUUCAAGAAGUUCUUGUUUAAGUCUUAACAAAAGAAUAUGAUGAAUCCAUUUUGAUUGAGAUGUUAAGAAUCUUAAUUACUGCAAUCAGAAAGAAGAAUUCUUAACAUAUUGAAAUAAUAUCUGAAUUAAAGCCAUUCAUUAAAAAAUUUCUAGAAUCAAAAGAAGGAAAUUUAAUGGGUUAAGAAUCUUAAUUCAGAAGUGUAUUAUAAAAGUUGUAUAAUAUUAAGUGA